GUGCCCGAGGGCGUGGAGGACACUGAGCGGGGCGUGGCGGCGCUGACGGGCGCGCUGCUCAGGUUCCCCCUCGAGCACACGUUCCAGGCCGUCGGGAGGACCUCCGGGGCGGCCGGGGCGAGGGACGGCUUCGUGCGCCUUGUGGUUGACGCGGUCCGCAACCACACCAGCGCGCCCGUCGCCGAGGGCGCAGUUUCGGUGAGCGAGCGCAUGGGCGGAAAGUUCACCUCUGUGUCGGUGACGCAGCGCGUGACCAGCGCCGAGGAGAUCAGCGGGGUCCUCCAGACGCUCAAGGGGCUGCCAGAGGUCUUGAUGAAUUGGUGA